CAAGGCGAACGAGAUACGCGUAUAACAGCACCGACUGAACAGAAGAGAGCUCAGACAUCAAGCUAGCUGGCACACCUUGCGACCAGUCUUCCUCACAGGUUCGGCUGAUGCAACAAUGGCGCAAAUAACGGUUAAAGAAGAGUUAUCCAAAGAUACGAAGUUGAAGACAGAAGACAUUGAGAAUCUGCGAGACUGGUUGUCCAGGCAGCCUCACCUGCCCAGUGGAAUCACAGAUGAACAACUAAUCCUGUUUCUGCACUGCUGUCAAUAUCACCUGGAGGACUGCAAACAAGUUAUCGAGACGUAUUACACAAUUCGUACGCAUUCACCAGAACUGUUUGCAGCCAGGGAUCCUAAAGGGGACGGAGUACAACAAUCCUUGUCGCUCGUGUUUCUUUUGUCAAAUCUCAAACGUGUCUCAUUUGGGUCAACAGAUGAACAACUAAUCCUGUUUCUGCACUGCUGUCAAUAUCACCUGGAGGACUGCAAACAAGUUAUCGAGACGUAUUACACAAUUCGUACGCAUUCACCAGAACUGUUUGCAGCCAGGGAUCCUAAAGGGGACGGAGUACAACAAUCCUUGUCGGUAAUUGUUAAAUUUUACAGGCAGUUUGCAAUAAUGCCAAAAAGAGACCAGCACGGAAAUGCUGUCAUGAUUGCAUGUGCGGCGGAUUUCAACCCAGACAAAUUUCAUUACAAUGACGCCUUGAAAACUUGGUUCAUGCUGCAAGACGUCUUUCUUCUGGAAAAUGGUACAGUGCCCGGGUUUGUUAUUCUCGUUGACUCAAAGGGCUUUGGCUUUGGACACCUGAGGAAGAUGAAUAUCCAAACUGUGAAGAAGUACUGCAUGUACACGCAGGACGCAUUACCCGGAAGCGUGAUUGGAACCCACUUCCUGAAUUCUAACGCUAUCACCGAUGCGAUGUUAGCAAUGCUCAGACCCUUCACCAGGAGUGAUACCUUUCGAAAGGUAUGCCUCUCGAUGGCUACAUACCACAAAGUGACGGUGGAACUGCUGAAGCGUUACAGGGACUGGUUCAAGGAGGAAGAAGCUUUCCGUGUGGACGAAUCCAAGAGACUAGGGAACCCAAAGAAUGCGGGGGACGUAUUCGGCAUGGAAGGUUCGUUCAAGAAACUGGACAUUGAUUGAUAACAAGCAAAUUAUUCAGCUGAAGAGGACCAGACCGACAUAAGGAAUCUUAUAAAUAUCACAAACUGAAAGAGCUGAAAAUAUCUGCAAAAGUUUUAUGUAAAGAAAACGUUGCAUUUCUUGAUUUCAAGACUUAACAAUUUUUAACAUUAAGUUUAAUACUUAGAAUUGCGCAUUUUUCUGCAACUUUGGGUAAUGUUCGAUGAAUUAGUGAUUGUUAUAUACUGUCAUGUUAUGUUGGCUCAUAGCCACAUUAAAGAAACGCUGCAUAAAAGUAAGAAAUAUUAAAUAAUAA